AAGAAAUGGAUGAGAAUGUUGCCGAGUUUCUCCGGAGGAGUAUCUUGAAAAUCCCCUUGUGUGAGAUUAAGACCAUCCUAAAAGCCUGGAACUUUUUGUCUGAAGACCAACUGCAGACCAUAAACUGGCGGCAGAGAAAGGAAUUUCUAGCCCAGGAAGUAAUUCUGAUGUGUGAGGGGAAGUGUGCAAGUCUUGAUGACAUGGCCCUUUUAGACAUCGUGUAUACUCAAGUUUAUCAGCACCAGAAGCUUUGGAAUGUCUUUCAGAUGAGUAAAGAACCAGGUGAAGAUGUUGACCUUUUUGACAUGAAACGGUUCCAAAGUUCCUUUAAGAAAAUUCUUCAGAGAGCAUUAAAAAAUGUUACGGUCAGCUUCAAAGUCGACGGGAACAAUGCCGUGUGGAUUAGGGUUGCCUGGGGAACACAGUAUUCACAGCCAAACCAGUACAAACCCACUUUUGUGGUGUAUUAUCCCCAGACUCCAUAUGCCUUCAUUUCCACCUGCCAUCUGAAGAGCACUGUACCCCUUCUCCAUCAGGCCCUGAAAAUUGCUAGCAAACACCAUCAGAUCGUGCAAAUGGAUCUGAGAAGCCGGCACCUGGACUCGCUCAAGGCUAUUGUUUUUAAAGAGUAUGACCAGACCUUUGAAAGUCACAACUCUGCAGUGCCUCUACAAGAAGGAAGCCUUGGACUAGACAUGAAUUUGGAUUCAAACAUCAUUCAUGAAAACAUGGAAGAAAAAGAAAGAAUCCAAAGAAUCACUCAAAAGACAUUUGGAGCCUAUCCACAGCCACAGCUGGAAUUUGCACAGUAUAAGCUGGAGACCAAAUUCAAGAGUGACAUAAGUGGGGGCAUCUUGGCUGACAGGAAAGAACCUCUACGGUGCCUUGUAAAAUUCUCAAGCCCACACCUUUUAGAAGCUUUGAAAUCCUUAGCACCAGCCGGUAUAGCAGAUGCACCACUUUCUCCACUGCUCACCUGCAUACCAAGCAAGAAAAUGAAUUAUUUUAAAAUUAGAGAUAAAUGAGAUAGAUGUGGCUUUGCUUAUAUUGUAUGUGCAGUUCCAGUUGUGGCUGGCUGGCUUCUGUGUAUACUCUUAUA